AGAGUCAUAUGUUUUCAUCAAGACUCGUGGUUUUGGUUAAUAUUAUCUCAAAGCUAAAAUGUGACCAGAAAUGACCGUUUCAUUCUUUGAAUCUUUACACCAGUAAAUCUCGCGUCGAGCGUGUUACGUUAGUUAGCUAGCUUUUUGUUGCUGGAUGCGCUCCUCUAAAAUAACGGUCUUGUAAUGUCACUUGUGCAUAACUCAGUUAACUAUACACUCGCUUGCAGGUUGUGAUACACCACGCAGAAAUGCCAUGACAACUGUCUAAAUGUUACGUAGAUAAAAACUUAUCUGAGUCACUGACGUUAAAUACGUCCUGAGAGACAUCUCACAGGAACAGCUAUGGGCAUUCGGAAAAAGAUCACUACACCUUUUGAUGAAGUACAAACUCCAACCCCCUCUUACAGACCACUUCAUCUUGUUAUCACCUAUUCAAGUUCAAAUUCAGCAAGCUAUUUUUAAUCAAAGUCUGACAUAAAGGGUGACUUCCCUCUAAAAUUGCCACAGUGUCUUGUUAAUUGCAAGGCCUCAUUACAUACAACUCAAAAGCACUCCAACACAAAGACCCACAGCCUUAUAAAAUAGUACUGUGGGACAAUUCAUUGCCCUGUACAUUACCUGCACAUCUCUUAAAGGACUCCUUCAGAACGAAACUAUGUGUAUCCACAAAGGCUGAGUACUUCUUUAGCGCUUAGGCUGCCACCAUGGGCACAGCAUCCUCUUUGGUCAGCCCAGGAGAGGUGAUUGAAGAUGGAUAUGGGGGUGAAGGUGGAGAAGCCUGUGAGAUUCCAGUGGAGGUGAAGCCCAAAGCUCGACUCCUGCGUAGUUCCUUUCGCAGAGGACCUCGGGUGAUUGGGGCCAGUUUCAAAUCCACAGGUUCUGUUGAUCUAGAAUAUGCUGCGGAGUAUGAAAGACUUCGUAAAGAGUAUGAAAUCUUCCGUGUCAGCAAGAAUAAUGAGAUAUCAUCCAUGCAAAAGAAAGAAGCCAAGCUGGAUGAGGAGAACAAGAGGCUGAGAGCAGAGCUGCAGGCUCUGCAGAAGACCUACCAGAAGAUCCUUAGAGAAAAAGAGAGUGCUCUUGAGGCAAAGUACCAAGCUAUGGAGAGGGCUGCCACUUUUGAACACGACAGGGACAAAGUAAAACGACAGUUUAAGAUUUUCCGGGAGACAAAAGAAAAGGAGAUUCAGGAUCUACUGCGAGCCAAGAGGGACUUGGAGGCUAAAAUGCAACAGUUGCAGUCUCAGGGCAUCCAAGUUUAUGGCUUGAAUGAUUCUGACUCAGAUGACAACCAAACCACGGUUACUGCUGCAGGGACACAGUGUGAGUACUGGACUGGUGGUGUUCUAGGAAGUGAGCCCUCUAUGGGUAGCAUGAUGCAGUUGCAACAGACUUUCAGAGGGCCAGAGUUUGCCCACAGUUUGAUAGAUGUGGAGGGACCUUUUGCAAAUGUUAGCAGAGAUGAUUGGGAUGCUGCAGUGGCCACUUUGCUUCAGGUCUCCCCUCAUGUGCCACAGGCCUUAUGGAGUAACACAGUACGCUGCUACCUAAUCUUUACCCAAGAGACCAAAGCUGAGCUGGAUAUCUUUAAUAAGAAAUACUCUCCAGUGUUACGGAAGAUGUGUGAGGGUUUAGGCCAUUUCUACCUGAAUGUCUACUUCUCAGAGGAGAGUGCUGCCUCUUACACUGUGGAGCGCAAGCAGGAGAUUGAAAGGAGCUCUGUGUGUGUUCUUCUUCUCAAAUCUACUGUCACUAGUUCUGUGGUAGAAGACUGUGAAGAGGCUUUUGUGAAGAACCCAGAUGCCCAUCCACUGGUGCUCUAUCUCAGGACUGAAGAAGAUCACAAUUUGGCCGGACCCACAAGGCAAUUGCUAGAAAGGAUCAAUGCUGCAGACAAGGCUGCUAAAGUCAAGGUAGUGGAUCAUAGUGGUUCUGCAGAUGAUGGAGCUGGCCUGAUUUUUGCUCAUCUAGACAAAAUUAUCAAGCAGGAGUUACUGGGUCUUGAAGGAGCAGAUGUUGAUUCUAAGGACUCUGGGAUAGAGGAGGGGCGUGAGGAGGACUCUGGAGAUGUGUUAUGGGACCUGCAUGAUGAACAGGAACAGAUUGAGUCCUAUCAGCAGGCUUGCAGCAGCACAGCCUCUCAGUUAGGCUUCCAGAAGUAUAUAGAUCGUUUGAACGACAUGAUAGCCGCUCCGCCUCCCACCCCUCCUCUGCUGGUGUCUGGUGGGCCAGGUUCAGGAAAGUCUCUUCUGCUCUCCAAAUGGAUUGAGCUACAGCAGAAGCAAUCCCCCAACACCUUGUUCCUUUACCAUUUUGUUGGUUGCCCGCUUUCCGCAAGUUCAGAGCCAGUUCUCAUUAUCAAACGCCUCACAGUCAAACUGUUGCAGCACUUCUGGUCCAUUUCUGGCUUGUCCAUGGAACCCAGUAAGAUAUUGGAGGAGUUUCCCCGCUGGCUUGAAAGGCUUUCAUCACGCCAUCAAGGAAACAUUAUCAUCAUCAUUGACUCUAUUGACCAAAUACAGCAAGCAGAGCGACACAUGAAGUGGCUGAUUGACCCUCUACCUGUCAAUGUUAGAGUGGUGGUGUCUGUCAGUGUCGAGACGUGUCCGCAAGCCUGGAGGUUGUGGCCCACACUCCACUUGGACCCGUUGAGUCCCAGAGAGGUCAGGAGUGUUGUUAGUGCAGAAUUCCAGAGCAUGGAUCUCAAACUUACUAAGGACCAGGAGAAGAAGCUGGAAAGGCACUGUCGUUCUGCAUCAACCUGCAAUCCAUUGUAUGUCACACUACUAGCAAGGAUGAUCACCAGGUUAGCCAGCGCAAGGAUGAUCACCAGUAGAACUUGCUGGUCACAGGAGAAGAGCAUGGAGCAGUGUCUGCAGUGUCAGGACACCAUGUCCCUCUACCGCUUGGCACUGAAGAUAAUACUGAACUCCCUCAACACAGACAAAGAGCAGCGCAUUAUGAGAGAGAUACUGUGCCUUGUAUGUGCCAGCCAUAAUGGAGUGAGUGAAUCAGAAGUUUUAGACUUAUUCCCAGAGCUAGAGUUACCUGUACUGUCCUCCAUGCUGUACUGCCUGAACAGGCUCUGCAUUGUAACUCUUCGAUGUGGGCUUAUCAGGUUUCAGCACCUGCAGGCUUGCGAAGCUGUGAGGUUGCAGUUUCUGGGUGGAGGAAGUAGCUUUACUGCUUACAGAGAGAAACUCAUCUAUUACUUCAGCCAGCAACUCAGCCAGGACCGUGUAACGUGGCGUGUCGCAGAUGAGCUUCCCUGGCUGCUGCAACAGCAGGAGGACAAGAUUAAACUGCAACGCAGCCUAUUGAACUUGUUUGUCUCCCAAAACCUCUACAAGAGGGGUCAUUUUUCAGAGCUGCUGAUAUAUUGGCAGUACGUGGGCAAAGACAAAAGCUCCAUGGCCACUGAGUACUUUGACUCUUUGAAACACUAUGAAAAGAGCUGUGAAAGUGAAGACAGCAUGACCAAGUUGGCAGAUCUGUAUGAGACCUUGGGACGUUUCCUCAAAGACCUUGGCCUUCCAAGUCAGGCUGUAGCCCCUUUACAACGGUCCCUUGAGAUCAGGGAGACAGCUCUGGACCCAGACCAUCCCAGUGUAGCUCGCUCCCUGCACCAGCUGGCUGGAGUUUACGUCCAGUGGAAGAAGUAUGGCAAUGCUGAGCAGCUGUACAAGCAGGCCCUGGAGAUAAGUGAGAACGCCUAUGGUGCUGAGCACGCCAGUGUGGCACGAGAGCUGGAGUCACUCGCAAUGCUCUAUCAGAAACAAAAUAAGUAUGAGCAAGCAGAGAAACUCAGGAAGAGGUCAGUGAAGAUCCGUCAGAAGACUGCUCGCCAGAAAGGUCAUAUGUAUGGCUUCACAUUGUUGAGGCGCAGAGCCCUGCAGCUGGAAGAGCUGACCCUGGGGAAAGACUCAGCUGACUGUGCUAAGACACUUAAUGAAUUAGGUGUCCUAUACUACCUCCAAAACAACCUGGAUGCAGCAAAGGUGUUUUUGACCCGCUCUUUGGAGAUGCGUCAGCGUGUGCUCGGUCCGGAUCAUCCAGACUGUGCUCAGUCCCUCAACAACUUGGCUGCACUGCACACAGAGAGGAGGGAAUAUGAGACAGCUGAGGACAUGUAUGAGAGGGCGCUGGACAUCCGUAAGAAGGCCUUGUCCCCAGACCACCCCUCACUGGCGUACACGCUCAAACACCUGGCGAUGCUCUAUAAACGCAGAGGGAAGCUGGACAAGGCCAUGCCACUGUAUGAGCUGUCUCUGGAAAUCAGGGAAAAAAGUUUUGGGCCCAAACACCCAAGUGUAGCCACAGCACUGGUCAACCUGGCUGUAAUAUACUGCCAACUGAAGAAACACAGUGACGCCUUGCCUCUUUAUGAACGAGCACUAAAAGUGUAUGAGGAUAGUUUGGGGCGCUCACAUCCACGUGUAGGGGAAACCCUUAAAAACCUGGCUGUGCUAAGCUAUGAAGAGGGUGACUUUGAGAAGGCAGCAGAGCUUUACAAACGUGCAAUGGAGAUCAAAGAGGCAGAGCCAUCAUUAGUGUGUGGAAAUGCCCCAUCCCGCCAUUCCUCUAGUGGGGACACAGUUAGUCUGAGGGGACCUGCCCCCCUCCCACAUGCCCCAAGGUAACAGUAUUCCUCCACUGAACAGUUAAGACUGUCUUGACAGCUCAAAUUACCACAGAUCAUUAUCAAACCCUGUAGUUUCAUGAGAAAGCAAACCAUUCAUUACACUGUGAUUGUCUGGAUAACGGUUUUAGGGUUUCGUCAGAUAUACUCUAACUGGCAGAAGGAUUAUGAAGUCUGCCAUGUGAGUUUGUGAAAUCUAUUUGUCAAAAGUAUUUAUUUAUAUUUCUAAUGUAAUUAUGUGUGUAAGAAACUUUAAACCUCUGUUAAACCAGUCCUUUUAAGGGCCUAGAACUCAGGUUUACACUCAUUGUAACUCAGACUCAAAUACUUAAUUGCUCGUGGUGUCAGCAUAGCAGCAUAGAGCUAACUUGUAAUCACAGUCAGGUUUGGUUCUUACCAGUGUGCAGUGGAUAAUAUUCUAUGCACACUUUUAAGUUUAUUCUUUAAAUUAGGUAUUCAUUAACAACUAUACAGUAUAGAGUAAGAAAGGAGAUGAAAGAUGAUCUGUCAAACAUCGCCCCCUUGUGUUACACUGGUAUCUCUUAACUUUUACCAAAACUGAUUUGAGACUAGUAAUUAACAAGACCAUAAGACUUAAAGCACUUCUGUUUUCAAGUGUACAUUCUGGACAUUAUAAAUGAAUACCAUCUGAGAGCUGCUGCCUCUGAAGUCAUGUGUGCAGUCUGGGAAACAAUGGUACAUUUAGAGUAUAUGCUGUG